GCACUUGAGCGCAUGCUACGUCCACGGCAUCAUGCGAGGUGAGUUCAUGGGCCCCGGUUGGGAGGACAGACUGCGCAAAGUUGGGAUUGUUUAAUUUGGCUAUGAACAAGUAUGGACGUAUUCACAAGAAGGAGUCUUAUAUGUUAUCUAACUUCAGGCUGAAACGCAACAAGUUUGAAUUGUUGAGCGUCAUUUUCAACAUACCACAAUGCUCACUCCUUUUCAAAUCCGAGCGUCUGUUCGCGGAAGAGUACUUCAAUUCUAUGCUUUAUCGUAAGCUCAUGAUCAUCAAUCCAAUUCUGCUCCUCGCAUCAUUCUUGAUUGUCGCUUACGCCGAUGUCCGGCUUCCAGUGUAAUGCUACGUCUGUACGUACAUACAUACCCUAAUUAUAUUCAUUUAUGCACAG